AUGUACAACACCAAGACCGAACCCUCAUGCAACGCACAGUGUCAGGCGAGCGAGCCAAGUUUGCAGGGUGGGGGAGCACACGGGGCUGUGGCGGGCACAGGGGGGGGAGCCAUUGGGGAGGCCCGCGAGGAGUACUCAGAGUGCCAGAGCGGCGGCUGCGUCACCAACAGCCUGAGUCCCCAGAAGUUCUGCAGCCCCCAGGCCGUCUUCCAGCAGUGCCUGUCCUGGCAGAAGCCGAACGGGCACACCUGCCUGGACCACACGGAGUGCUGGAGCGGCUGCUGCGUCACCAGCAGCUACGGGCUGCAGACGUACUGCCAAGGGCCGCGGGGCCGGAGGGGGGCGCCUGCUGGCUCUGACCGCUGCCCCCAGCCCAACGGGGACUACUGCACGGACCACAGCCCCCAGCCCAACGGGGACUAUUGCACGGACCACGGCGAGUGCCGCAGCAAGUGCUGCGUCCAGCCGAACGAGGUCGACCCCCACCGCUGCGUCCCCCGGAGCGGCGUCCUGGUCCAGUGCCUGCCCUGGAAGAAGGAGCUCAGUGAGGCGGCCCCCCAGGACGCAGGACCUGAAGACACCACGGAGGACGGGGUAGGGGGGCCGCAGAGGGAGGUGGGGCACGGUGACCGGAGGGGCACGGCGAGCGACUGGGAGACAACACUCUGGUGCCCGAGCUCAGACUCUGGGACCCGUGACUGCAGUCUGACGGAAAAGGUGUGUCGGGGCCCCGAGGGUGAGAGCCAGAGCUUCCUGAGCACGCCCACCUGGCCCGUCAGCACCCAGAGCGGCGGUGGGUGCAGAGGUGCCACGACAGUGAGUCCACGGGUGUCCCGAGGGUGUCGGAGACAACCAGGCCGCUCCGCCGGCAGCCUCGCCCAGAGGCGCGGACUGUCGGUCCCGAGGACAGUGUGGCCCUUACAAUCCAGCUGCCCGAAGGCUGCGUCUCCCCGUGCGUUUCCUAAUUUUGCUGUGUCUUCUAGUGACUUGGACCCGUUCUGUGCCCUGGAGACCUGCCUGGACCCCGAGCCCCGCACGUGUUCAGGCUGCUCUUCCCGGGAUGGUGAAAACCUGCAGGUAUCAGACGUCUAGCUGUGAACUCCUGAGACCGCCCGCAUCCAGGUGGCCCCUACUGGAACCUCGAGGUGAUAACUUAGCAUCAGCAAACCUCCCGACUGAGUGAGUGUUUCUGUGGACGUGGAGACACCGGGUCUCAGCUCAGCACCGUCCUAAGGAGCCCCCUUCACCAGAGACCGAGUCUCCCCAGAGGAAAGGGCAGGUGCAGACACGUCCCUCCCCCGCAGGCGCACACAGAUGACUGGUCACUGCAGGUAAAAGUCAUCAGUUGGCCGUUCCAACUGGAAAGGCUCCCCUGACCUUGCGGAUGGCACAGUGAGGACAUUGGAGCCCGCUAAAGACCCCUGGGGGGGGGGCUCCCACUGGUCCCACCUUCCCCUGGAGCAGAAGUGCUGGCUGAUCUAGAAACUGUUCCCUCUGGUGGCUUCUCGGGGCAAACACCAGAGCCGCUCCUCUGCACCCAGAGUGCCAGAAAUGUCACUGUCACCUUCCUCUGUGCCCAGCACCCACCCCGCAGACACCAGGCUGCUUUUCUGGGCUCUGCUAAAACAAUUCUCCACCCUGUGCCUCCCCGCUUCUGCCUGCUCCUCCUGGGCUGGAGAUGACUAUGACAGUACUUGCAGAGUAAGUCAUGAGAAGCCGUCGCUCCCACCCUAAUAGUGAGAACAAGCCAGACACAGUUAAGAGAAUGAAAAGACAAGCCACAGACGAGAAGAAAUGACACAUCUGACAAAGGACCUGGAUGCAGACUAUACAAAAAACUCUCAAAAGUUAAGUGAAAAAAACUCAAUUAAGGGACAUUCCUGGUGGCGCAGUGGCUAAGAAUCCGCCUGCCAAUUCAGGGGACACAGGUUCAAGCCCUGGUCCGGGAAGAUCCCACAUGCCACGGAGCAACUAGGCCCGUGAGCCACAACUACUGAGCCUGCGCUCUAGAGCCCAUGUGCCACAACUACUGAGCCUGUGUGCCUAGAGCCUGUGCUCCGCAACAAGAGAAGCCCCUGCUCGCUGCAACUAGAAAAAGCCUGCAGGCAGCAAUGAAGACCCAACGCAGCCAAAAAUAAAUAAAUAAAUAAAUUUAAAAAAAAACAACCCAAUUAAAAACAAGACAAAAAAUUUGAACGGACAUUUCACCAAGACAAUAUACAGACAGCUCAGACGCACGAGAAAGCUGGUCCACCAUCGUUAGCCCCGAGGGAAACGCAGAGCAGGCUGAAGUCCAGCCUGUGAUUAGACGGACCAAGGGCCGCCAGGCUGCAGAGCCUGGGGCACCCGCGGCGGACGGGAUGCCGGCGGCCGCACGAGCAGUGGGGGGCGGCCGCGCACACACUCACCGGGUACGCUGAACACCUGUGUCGCACCCUGACCUGCUCAAGCUCUUCAUUCUCGCUCCUGAUGCUGCUGCGUGAGUGGACAAACGUGGUGCAUCCCCGGAUGGGAGGUCCCGCCGCCCGAGGAGGAGCGGCCUCAGAGGCCACGCCCGCGAGGCCCCAUCCACGCGAUUCUCCAGAAGAGGCCCAACUGGGCCCAGGCGGCUGCGGGCUGGGGGUGGCACGACUGGCCACAGCAGGGCUUCCGGGGGCCACGAGAGGCCAGGCCCCGGUUGUGAGGGGUGCGUCAGUCUGUGGCUUUCCUCACGGCUCGCCCGACUGGGGGAGACUUUACUGUCGCUCGUGAGCCCCACGUGAAACGAAUCUGGUGGAGCCCUGGGGACGCUGGUGUGUUUGAGCUUGUGCAGCAGGGAAGCAGGACGGACGUGAGGAAACAGGCAGCCGCCACGAGCUGAGGCCCCCCCGCGGCUGGCCGCUUGGCAUGCAGGGCUCUCGGGGAGAUGGGCAAGGAGAGGACGCUUGGACCAGCCCUGGGGUCGGGGCCGCCCGUGGGUCGUGGGUCGAGGUUCACUGCAGGGCGCCCCCCUCCCCCCAGGGUCCUCUGGGCGGGCGAGUCUGCAGGAGGCCGGGCAGGCCUCGGGGCUCCGUCCAGCGUCCGCCACGCCGCCCUCUCCCCCGCAGGCCACCACUCGUCCACCUUCUGUCUCUGCGGCUUUGCCUGCUCUGGACGCUCCGUGGAGAUGGACUCACACGAUCCGGGGCCGCUGUGGCUUCCUUCACGGAUCACGAUGCUCUCAAGGCUCAUCCACGCUGUCAAGUGAGGCAGAACUUUGCUCCUUUUUGUGGCUGAGUAACAUUCCACCGCGUGGCUGCAACUACAUGCUGUCUACCAGCAUCCGUGGAGGGACACUCGGGUUCUUUCCAUUUCUGACUCUUCUGAGUAGAGUUGCUGUGCACAUUCCUAUACACGUCCUCUGUGGACACAGGUUUUUAAUUUUCUGGGCCUGUACCAGGAGUGGGACUCUGGCUCAUACAGUUACUCCACGUCUCACCUUUUAGGAAAUGCCAGAUUGCUCUCCACAGCACCCGCGCCCUGUCACACUCCCACGGGCGCUUUGCCCACCCCCUGCACGACGCUGCUUAUGCUCUGUCCUCUUGGUCCUGGCUAUCCCAGUGGGCGGGAAGUGGAUCCCAGAGUGACUGUAGCUCGUUCUUUAAAAACAACAAAACAGGACUUCCCUGGUGGCGCAGUGGUUAAGAAUCCACCUGCAGGGGACACGGGUUCAAGCCCUGGUCCGGGAAGAUCCCAGAUGCCGCAGAGCAACUAAGCCCGUGCGCCACAACUACUGAGCCUGCAUUCUAGAGCCCACGAGCCACAA